UUUAUCACUUGGAAAUUGAAAAUGAGAUAUCGUGUCACCAUUAAUCACGUAUGUCUUCGUAGUAAACAAAGGGACAACAACAAUUUAAAACCAUAUUACGACUAGUUAGCAAGAGAACAGCGUAAAAAGAUCAAAUAACAACAAAGAUGACUGGCCCGACCGUCCUCGUUUUGAUGUUUUUUGAAUAAAUUAUAAUCCAUCAGCUCACGGACAUUUUGGGUAUUGCAUAUGGUGUUUAGAAAUUUCAUUUUUUUGAUGGUGGUCGCGAUGCUUGGAAAUUUUAGCGUCCACAGAUACACUUAAAUGUGUCAGAAAUUAGCUGGAAAUAUGUAAUUUAAUUUCUUCUUUUAGCACAUCGAUUGGAGCAGAAAGAACCUGCAUUUACGAAAUCGUAGCAUGGAUCAGGAACAAGCCGAGGAAGAGUCACUGGAGUCUCACGUGAGGGACCUUGUGCUGGAAAGAGAAAUCGGAAAGGGAUCCUAUGGAAAAGUGUACAAAGCUUUAUGGAAUGGAACAGAAGUAGCAGCGAAAAGGUUUCACGCCGCUCUCGCUAACAGUGGCUACAGCCAAAUAAUCGAUGACAUAAGGGAAGAGUUCCAGCGAGAAUGGAAAAUCCUUAAGUCACUCAACCAUCCUAACGUGGUCAAAUUCCAUGACGUUGUGUUUCCUAAAGGACGAUUGCCUAUAAUUAUUACAGAGCUUUUGCAUUGUGAUUUGGAAAGGUUCAUUAAAGAAUCGAAGUCGUCCCCAAAAGUCCCAACAGUUAAUCUGAUAUGCAUAGCCUUAGACGUGAUUCAAGGUCUUCAGUACAUGCAUGGCUUACAAAACCCAAUUGUCCAUCGCGACCUCGCAACAAAGAAAAUUCUACUGACAGAUAAAUGCACUGCCAAAAUCGCUGAGUUGGGUGUGGCUAAAGUUUUUAUCCAUGGGUAUGAAAUGCAUGCCACCCCUGUGCGAGGCACACCGGUUUAUGCAGCACCAGAAACUUAUCCUGCUCUGCAGAAUUUUGAGGUGGUGGAAAAUCCAAAAUAUGGACCUAAAGUGGACAUAUUUUCAUUUGGUGUCAUGUUACUAGCCAUGGCUGUUGGGCAUGAACCUGUAGUCUGGCCAAUUUCUCCAAUCACCAAAGAUGGAAAGAAGAUCAGGGAACAUGAACGCCGCAAAACUGACAUAGAGAAGAUGGGAGAUCAUUUAGUAAAAAGUUUAGUACUUGGGUGUUUGGAGAAUGACAGCGUAUGCCGUCCAUCUGCAAAAGAUAUUAAAGCAGAAUUAGAGAAGCAUAAGUGGAACUUAGUGCAGCAGUCUGAUUGUUAUGAAAUAGAUGAAGAAGCUGUAAUUGAGAGGGUGGGUCACCAACCCACCUAUGACUACAAGUUUAAGAUCCUCUUCAUAGGUGACAAAGGAGUGGGAAAGUCGUGCCUGUUUCAGCGCUUUCAAAACCCAAAUUAUAAAAUUUGUUUGAGUACAGCAACCAUAAGUUUGGGAAUUAACACUGAGUCUUUCAAGUAUGGCUCAAAGUUUGUUAGUUUAGAAGUAGUGGAUACUGCUGGGGAAGAAUUGUACUUUGCUCUGCAAGCAAUGUAUUUUCGUAGGGCACAUGGUAUUUUUCUUGUCUGUGAUGUAACAAAUCAUGAAACUUUCCACAACAUUCCCAGGUGGCUAGAACAAGCCCGCCGUUGCUGUACUGAAACUAGUCCUUCGAUUAUUCUAAUUGGCAACAAAACUGACCAAGAGGAGAAUCGCAAAGUUUCUCAUGAAGAGGGUGAAAAGUUUGCCAAACGUAAUGGGCUAAGCUACUUGGAGGUCAGUGCUUUGGAAGUUGAAAAAAUUGAACACAUGUUCAAAACAAUGAUUGAAACUCUUACAAGGUCUGUUGACCCUGGUACAAUUAAAAUUGAACUUGCUGAGACUGAUGAUAAGGUAGAGUUGACAAAAAGUUCAAAGAAGUCUAAAUGCAAGUGCAAGUCACAAUGAAGUGGUUUCUUUGUAGAUAUGAAACAGAUGACUGCUUAGCAUUUAAUGUUGCAGUGUUUUACACUACAUGUUAUUGAUAUGUUGUAUUGAGGAACUGGCCCUAGCUUAACACAGCAGGAGAUAGCAUUUAGGAGUAUACCUUCUCCUGCUGGAGGGAAUGCCUCUCCGUCAUUGCCCACUGGUAUUUUGACAGUUUGGUUCAACAUGUUUAUACACCUAGAUGUAGACAGGCAUUUUGAGAGGAAGGUAUCUUGCCCAUUCGUCAAACAUUUCCAAAUAUUUAACUCAGCAAAAUGUGUGGUAACAGCAGCCACAAACAAUGCAUACUCAGAUAAUUUGGAUAUAUCAACAAAGUUGAAAUGGUAAAUUGGCCACCGUAAUGAUUACAAAAGCUGAUGUUUCGA